AUGUCUUUAAGCGCGUCUCGCCUGCAGACCAGAACAAGCGCUCCGACCGGCUCGCGCCCAAGCACACCUCCCAAUGUCCCAAUGAACUGGGCUUCCGUCGUCUCGCCCAAGGCCGGCCGUUCCUUCAACUACUCCGAGAGCUCCUUCAGGAGUCGCACUGAGCGCCGGGAAGAGCCUGAGAAGGCCGAGAGACGCCUGUCUCAUGACUCCUACUACUCCGCCCACUGCGAGGACGAGCCUCAAUACGAACACCUCAACGCCGCUGACAUCCGCCGUCAAGUUCGCCAGGCGCCGUCCGAGCCCCGAUCCCGCGGCCAUUAUCCACACCAGUACAACAACAGACCUCCCCUGCCUCUACAGUCAGAGCGAGACUGGGUGGAGUUUCCUAUGAAGCCUAGCCCGUCCAAGGGCGAUCGAGGUAACAACUAUACCGGCGGCAAGCCGGGUCCCAUCCGCGCGAUCUACAAUGACGCAGACCGCGAGGUAUUCGACGUGGCGUACCACGACAAGACGCGUUCUCUUCCCCAGCCGAAGAACGGAAGGAACUAG